CAUCACCACUGGCUCUCUUCCCCUCUUCAUUACCGUCAUGAAUAACACUGACCCUGCUAAUCUUCCCUCUGUCCGUUUGCCUGAAGACGCUUCCAUGGAUCAGGAAGAGUAUAAUACCGGCAUGCAUGAGGUCAACCAAAUGGAUCCCAACGGCAAACACACCAAACACUAUCAUCAUUAUCCCACAUACAAGGCCAUGACCCGUAGAGCCAGCGUCACUGUCAACGGUCAAGAUCGUCGUCGACCCUUGACUAUGGGCAAUCCUGGUGUACUUGGUCUUUGGUCCUUUGCCACCGUGACAAUUCUUCUCGGUACUUUCAAUUUAUUUUUGCCUGGAAUGUCGAAUCACGUUCUUCUCCCCACCGCAAUUAUGUUUGGUGGAUUAGCCCAAUACAUCGCUGGUUUCCUGGACUUUUUCUAUGGUGGUACUUUCUCGGCUACCAUCUUGGUAUCUUAUGGUGGUUUCUGGACGGGUACUGGUUUACUUAUGUUGCCUGCCUUUGCCGAAAGCAUGGCAGCCUACACCACCGAUUUCGAUGUCAACAGAGCCAACGCUAUCUAUCACUUUAUGUGGGCCUUUUACACCCUGAUGCUUCUCUUGAUGUCCUUGAAGAUCAAAGCAGGAACCUUUAUCUUAUCCUGGUGUCUUGGUUUUGUGUUCCUCACUCUUUUAUUGGAAGCCGUCUUUUAUAUGACGAGCAUUUCUCCUAUUCUCCGUGUCAGUGGUGUUACAGCUUAUUUGGCCGCUCUUGGAGCUUAUUACAGUGGUAUUGCCGCUGUCAUGGAAGAACAAGACGUCGUCUUGUGGGUUGGCCAUUAUCAUCAACAUUAAUUUAAUAACCUUUUUAGACGCAUUGUUUUUAUAGUUAAUUUGUUUUUCUUUUUUAAUCUGGCAUAACCUUUUUUUGCAUCAUUUAUACAAUAACAACUUUUGGCA